UGGGAAUUCAUGUAACAUAUACCACAUAUGUUGAGCUCCUCGGAUGACACGUAUGCUCUACAGUUACAUGUAGCUGUAACCUUAGUAUGGAAAACGACGACGAUACGAAAGAUUUCAAGGAAAAUCUUGCAAAGUUUAUGAAACACAAGUUAAAUGAAAUACCUCAAUCCCCCACCAUACAUCAACUGGUAAGAUCUAGAAAUGAGGAGCAACUUCUAGAAUAUAUCAGAGAUGGAUGUGACAUCAACUUACAGAAUCAUGACGGUAUAACGGCUCUUUAUGUUGCAGUAGACAUAGGGAAUGAAAGAGCAGUAGAACUACUUUUGCAAAAUGGAGCUAUUGUCAACACACAAAAAAACCCAAUGCAUGUCAUUAAAGAUAUGGCUAUUGCUCAGUUACUACUUCAGGCCAAAGGCGACGUUCAUGCUAGAGAUGAGUAUGGGAAUACUCCAUUGCAUCGUGUGAUAAAAUCAAAUUCACGUGAAACAGAAAGUUUAGUUGACUUGUAUUUGUCUCAUGGUGCAGAUAUACACAGUAGAAAUGCUAGUGGCCAAACGACACUGCACACUCUUUGUUCAUCUUUUGUACAAGAACCAGAAAGUUCCACAUUGACUCAAAAACUUAUUGAAAAAGGUGCAAGUGUAAAUUCCAAAGAUUCAUGGAAAAGAUCAUCAUUACACGUAGCUGUCAUACAUCAGUAUUCAUAUAAGUACGAAACUAUCAAUAUCUUGAAAAAUAACGGAGCUUCUCUAUCAGACCUCGAUUUGCAAGGAUUUAAUCCGAUACAUCACUUUAUAGAGCAAUCAGGAGGGUGUUCAUAUGACGAAGAAUACAUAUCGCUGAAAUAUAUCGACUCUUUCCUUGUUGAUGAGCACACUGCAAAUUUGACUACCGCAAUGGGGCAGACGAUUUUGCAUCUUGCCAUCCAAGAAGUACCACUGGAGAUUCUGAAGUACCUUAUGAAAAAAGGAUGCAAAAUCCAUGUAAAGGAUAAUCAGAAUAGAUGUCUUCUGCAUUACCUUGUUGAAAGAGUGGAAUGCACAGAUAUAUUAGAUUACCUAGUUGGCAUGGAACUUGAUGUGAAUAAUCGGGAUUUUUUGGGACAAACAGCUUUGCAUCUUGCUGUUGAGGAAGGUAAUACUGAACUUACAAAAGGUCUUGUAGAACUUGGAGCUGAUUUAAACGCGAACGAUUUAACUGAAAAGCAGCCCAUACACGUCGCUGCUGAAAAAGGAUGGGAUCAUAUAAUUGAUUUCCUUAUAAAAGAGGGAGCAAAUAUUAAUGCUCUUGACAAAUACCAAUCUACUCCUCUUCAUUUUGCUGCAUGGAAUAAUCAGUCAUCGAUCGCAUUAGCCCUGAUCAAAGCUGGUUGUGGGGUUGAUCUCCGAGAUUUCUGUGGACAAACUGCAUACGAUGUUGCAGUGUUUAGAUCAAGCUUUGACUUUGUGCAGUUUUAUCAGAAACAUUACUGUCUUCAGAAUAAAACACAGAUAUGCAAAUUUUCAAAACAUGCUAAUUUAUAUAUGACAUUGGAAACUUUUAAAGACAUCAUAGAAUCAAAAGAAAUACAGAAAGACACAGAAAAUUUAAAGGAGUUUCUAAACAACUUAAUAAAAAACUCGCCCACUGGAAUUGUAUAUGACGAUCCUGAAGCCAUUGAAAUUCGUGAUGCCAUUGGACAUUUUACCAAAUACAUUGCAAAGUGUCUGUCUGAAAGUGAUCCAAAAUGGAAAUGCACUGUAUAUUAUGCGGGAAGUUCUUAUGAAGGAACGAAAACACUUUAUCCGGACGAAUUUGAUUUCAUCUUUUGUUUUGAUGAACUCAGUGAAAAUAUAUAUUCACGGUAUGAAGAAGAUGAUAUUCGGGAAAGAGUAACUCUUAUCGUACAAGGAGGUGCAGAGAUCGAGGAGACACGUCCCUCUGUAUCAGACUAUGCUCAAAUUUUUCUAGCAAAGCAUACAUAUUACUCAUACUCAGAACUCAGCGAGAAAGAAUCGAAGAUAAUCACAACUGAUGUGAUGGUGAAAGUAUUUACUCACCUAGUAUCCAAUAUAGUGUACGAUGAAAACUUCCCUAAGAAUGACCGACUUUUUAUAAAAGAUGUUACAAUGGACCCAAAAGUAGUGUUUCAAUGGCGAGGUUCUAAGUAUAAAAGUCUAGAAAUAAAUGUGGAUUUUGUUCCAGCAGUGCGCCUCCAAUCGUGGUCAAACAAAUUAAGGAUCACUUCAAAACUCCUAAAUGCAGAUUUUCUUAGUCUGCCUUGUCUUGCUGUUCCAAAAAUGACGACUGAAGAAGACGAAAACCUUUGGAGGUGUUCCUUGUCACUAGUGGAAACAGCAAUAAUGAAAAGAUGUCAUCCACAUAUCAGAAAUAGCUACAUCGCUGCCAAAUCUUUAAUCACCUCAGCUGUUUGUCCUGUUGUUAGCUUUGGUGACAACAAGACUGCAAAGGAUUAUUAUCUCAAACUCCACCCUGACUACAUAUCGUCUGAAGAUGAGUUUGAAGUAUAUGACAUAAUGCAAAAUAUCUUCCCAUCAUACAUCCUAAAAAUGGCUUUCUUCAAAGCCAUAGAAGAAAAGGCAAUACGUGAUGGUGUAGAAACUGUAUUCAAUAAAUGUUCGACAGAGAGAGACAUGCUGGAACAGCUCGUACUGAGAGAAGACACUUCUUCUGAACCAAUCACUUUAACAUGUAAGGAAUGUGAUCACACUGUGGUACAAGAUGUUUUUAAGAAGUGUGAUGAAUGGCUGUCAAAUCAAUUCGUUCCUUCAUUCUUUAAUCCACGACACAAUGUUAUGGGUUCGAAAAUCCUAAAGGAAAACGGCUUCAAAGUGCAGUAUUAUAUGAAGUACAUCCUUAAAAUCCUAAAUGAAAGCUGAAUUAUGAUGGUCACGAUGCCAAAUUUACUAGUACUGAGUUCAGAAUAAAAUUUUAUACUCAUACUUUUAGUGUUUGAAUCCUAGCUGCAAAAUUAAAAAAAAAGAUAUGUGAACAAUGCAUGCAAAAUUCCAAUAGCUUUAAAUAUAUAUAAAAUAAAAAAUCAAAUUCAAUAUGUAGACUGAGUGUUUAGAGCAAAGAAAAAUUCCCUGAGAGCUUUUACAGCAGAAAAAUUCUCUGAGCAAAAAUCACUCUGUUGUUAAUAAAUAAAAAUAAAGAUUUCUUGGGAUUUGAACCCAAUCGAUUUAAAAAU